AAGAAGGUCGAAACUGUCGAGAAGUUGAGUCUAGAGGUUAUAAUGAAGAGGAAGAUGAGUUAAAUACCCACGAAGAGUAUCAAGAAUUACUAGAAGAAUUAACCAGGAAGUCAAAGAGUGUAUUAACCUGGAAUAAUUAUGACGCCAUUGAGGAAUCGUGGUGGUCAGACGACGAAUAUGAGAAAAACCAUCCGAACUUAGAUGAAACAUAUGGCAUAGAACCGCCAAAGUGGGGAGAACCAGUGUAUGGAACUGAAUUUAGUGACGACGAGAGUGAUUGGGAUAAUGACAAACCCUAUGAAGCAAAAACAUGGUUAGGGGCUGGAGAAGCAUGGUGGAACUUAGAAGAAAAAGAAAAAGGUUCCGAGCAAGAAUGGGAAGAUUGGUACGGACCCCAAGAAGAGGUUUCGAACAGUAAUGGAGGAAGAGUACCUGACCUCAGACUCUUAACAAGCCCUUUCCCUAAUCCCGGAGAAAAUUCGGGAAGAAGAUUUGUGAUUGAGGAAUAUUGUAGAGAACUAGAGCACCGAGAAUUGAUCCUAGAUGUGCUGCUAGAAUCGGGAGUUGGAUUUGCCCCGAGAGAAGAUAGUACAAUCCAGAGCGAGUCAGAGUUAGAAGAUAAUAAAGAGAAUACAAACCUCGAACCCGAUGAUGAAAAAGGUGACAAAUUUUGGCGAGGAGCAUGGAACGAUGACGAAGAAACCAUAAUCACCCAAGAAGGAGAAGAUGGAUGUCACAAACUAAAAGAAGAGAGUGAGGCCUUUAUAGUAAAAAUAGAGGAUGAUAAAGAACAGACAAGAAGUAUUAAAAUGGAAGAUAACCCACCCGAGCCUACCGAGCUAAUUCCUAAUGAAAUGGGCAACCAAUGCGCUGAACUUUACCUACCUGAACCAUCCUACGGAAGGAUAUUUCAUGUAUAUUUCCACCCAAUGAAGUUAGAACACUUCGCUUUGGAAGUGAUAAACCGAGGCAAAACCAUUUACCUGAUGGAGCAAUUUGGCUACCGACUUAUCGCGCACGACCCAAGGAACCUAUUGACCCUAAAAGAAUGGAUUGUGUCCGGUGCACAACAAGAGUUAGCACGAAGAGAAUAUUUAAUGGCAACCGGAAUUGAUUUAGGUUCAAUGGAACUAAUAAAUGUCGAAGCCGUCAAUACCUACCAGAACGAACAACUGCGUGACCAUCGUAGGUUCAUUAUCCUAGAACCAGCAGUUCCCGGAGCCAAUGCAACGCUCAUGGAACUAUAA